AUGGCCAUUGAAGACAAUCUCCACCGAUUGUGCGAACAGAAUUACGUCGAAGGGCUCUUGGCAGCCUUUAUUACAGACAAGGAUGGCGUCGUCAUUUUGAAGUCUGCUCAACAGGAUGCACCCGAGAACAUUGUCGAUCCCACGUUUUUCACGUCAUUUACGAUAGCCAACAACCAGGCAUCCAAACUUGGGCUCAAGCAAAACCGAUACAUCAUGAGCAUGUACGAUCAAUAUCAGUUUGUACAAUACGACAGCAAUCCAUUGAUCAUUACGGUGGUUGGAGGUGCAGAUGCCAAUACGGGUUUCUUGAUCAACUUUGGACGUAAGCUAGUAGAAUUAGCAAAACCACUAGCGAGUGCUAUGCAAGAGAAAAUGUAA